GCUUGACGGUCCUUACAUCGAGACUCGCCAAAACGACGACCAAGAAUUCCACACAUACAGAUAAAAACAUAUAAUUUUACAAGGUCGCAAAGUCGCAAAUACCGCCACAAUGUUCAAGAAGGACAUUACCCCCUCACCCAAACAGAAGCUCAAAUCCUCGAUCCAGCGCAACCUGCGCCAGUCGCUGCUGACCACCUACCCGCUCCUGACCCCUCACAUCGACGACAUCAUCCCUAAGAAGGCCUCGCUCGAGCAGAUCAAGCUUCCCGACCGCGUGUCGCUGUACGUCAUUGACGGAACCACCCCGCUCUUCUUCCAGGCCGACACGCCCUCGCAACAAAACACCAUUGUGCCCCACCUCAAGCUCGUCCACCGCUUCCCGCAAUGCUUCCCCACCAUCAGGAUAGACCGCGGCGCCAUCCGCUUCGUUUUGAGUGGCGCCACCCUGAUGGCCCCCGGCCUGACGAGCAAGGGCGGGCGCCUGCCGCAGCCGCAUGAGAGGCCGCCGAGGGAGAAGAGCGCUGCCGAGGCCGAGAACGACGAGAUCGAGGUGCCCAAUGAGGGCGCUGAUGAGGAAGGACACUGGAGUCGCGAGCUGGAGAAGGGCGAGCCUGUUGUCGUCCUGGCUGAGGGCAAGGAGGAGGCUUGCGCCGUUGGAGUGCUGGUUGCGGGGACUAAGGAGAUCAAGGAGAAGGGCAAGGGCCCGGUGAUCGAGGAGGCGCAUUUCCUUGGUGAUGGUCUUUGGAGGAUGGCGCUGGAUUAAAUAAUACAUGGAGGGUGUUUGCGAUGGAGAACAGAAAAAAUGUUGAAUGUGGGGAGGAAGGGGGUUUCCCACCACCUACAAAGCGUUUUUGGAGCCGGGCAUAAGAAGCAGCAUGGUUUUCUUGAGUUAAUACAGUUGACAUUUGAUUAGGUGAAGGGUUUGUCUUUUCUCCCGGGUCUAUGUAUUUUAUGCUCUGUUUCCCGUCUGGUCUGUUUUGCUGUUAGUGCGUAAGUGGAUUUCAAGGCCAUGGUGGCCGUGUUUGCUACACUUCGGGGAGCUGAUCAAUCAUCAAUAGUCGAUACCAUUACUGAGGUCAGGAAAGAGCAAGCGCUUUGUCUUGACUUGACUAAUGCACCUCGGCUGUAUACCAGUUUUUCUUUGUCUUGUGUUUCUUAGCAGUCCCCCGAUGUUCCCACCUUAUCCUCCCGAGUCUUGUAAU